GUUCAACAAGAGGGCAUGAAAUUGCAAGCAGAAGGGCAAGUAGCGAUCUGUCAAGUAGCCGGAGAGAAAGAGAUCACGACCAAGAUGGACCCGUCUAACGGGCUGAACCGGCCGCUGGAGAUCGUCCCGCACACAGAGGUGAAGUUGACGGACCGGGGACAGUGGAGCAACAAGCUAGAGUUUGUCCUGUCGGUGGCCGGAGAAAUCAUCGGACUGGGAAACGUGUGGCGCUUCCCGUAUCUCUGCUACAAGAACGGUGGAGGUGCAUUUUUCAUUCCCUACCUGAUCUUCCUCUUCACCUGCGGGAUCCCCGUGUUUUUCCUGGAGAUCUCUCUGGGUCAGUUCACCAGCGAGGGAGGAGUCACAUGCUGGAGGAAGAUCAGCCCGCUGUUUGAAGGCAUCGGAUACGCCACUCAGGUGAUUGUGGCUCUGCUGAACUUCUACUAUAUCAUAGUUUUGGCCUGGGGAAUAUUUUACCUGUCCUACUCCUUCUCCUGGAACCUGCCGUGGUCGUCCUGCAACAACACCUGGAACACAGACUCCUGCAUGGAAUUCCAAAGACGAAAUGAUUCCAUUAUCCAAAGUCACCCUGAAAACGCAACGUCGCCCGUGAUCGAGUUCUGGGAACGGAGAGUUUUACGGAUCUCCUCUGGGAUCGAGGAUAUGGGAACGCUGCACUGGGAUCUGGUCCUCUGUCUGUUGUUGGCCUGGGUUUUGUGCUAUUUCUGCAUCUGGAAAGGCGUCAAAUCCACCGGCAAGGUGGUGUACUUCACUGCGACCUUCCCGUAUGUGAUGCUGUUGAUUUUACUGAUCAGAGGGGUCACGCUGCCAGGAGCGUCCCGCGGGAUCCAGUUCUACCUUUAUCCCGACCUGGGAAGGUUAGCGGACCCGCAGGUGUGGAUGGACGCAGGCACGCAGAUCUUCUUCUCGUAUGCCAUCUGUCUGGGUUGCCUCACCGCGCUCGGAAGCUACAACAAAUACAACAACAACUGCUACAGGGAUUCUUUGGCCCUGUGUUUCCUGAACAGCGGAACCAGUUUUGUUGCUGGUUUUGCCAUCUUUUCCAUUCUUGGCUUCAUGUCUUAUGAACAGAACGUCCCGAUUUCAGAAGUGGCCGAAUCUGGUCCUGGUUUGGCGUUCAUCGCGUAUCCGCGGGCCGUGUCCAUGAUGCCCAUCUCUCCUCUGUGGGCCUGUUUCUUUUUCAUCAUGAUUGUCCUUUUGGGGUUGGACAGUCAGUUCGUGUGUGUGGAGAGUCUGGUCACGGCCAUGGUGGACAUGUACCCGUCUUUCUUCCGCCGGAAGAACCGCAGAGAGCUGCUCAUCCUCGCCGUGGCCGUCGUGUCCUUCCUCGUGGGCCUCAUUAUGCUCACAGAGGGAGGAAUGUAUGUCUUCCAGCUGUUUGACUACUAUGCAGCCAGUGGCAUGUGUUUGCUCUUUGUAGCUGUUUUUGAGACCGUCUGCAUUGCCUGGAUCUACGGUGCUAAUCGGUUCUAUGACAAUAUCGAGGACAUGAUUGGUUACCGUCCUGGGCCGUACAUUAAAUACUGCUGGCUCUUCUUCACCCCUGCCACAUGUUUUGGUACGUUUGCGUUCUCCCUGAUCAAAUACACUCCUCUGAAGUAUAAUAACGAGUAUGUGUACCCGUGGUGGGGUUACGCCCUCGGCUGGCUGCUGGCGCUCUCCUCUAUGGUUUGCAUCCCGCUGUGGAUCGUUUAUAAAAUGAGCACGGCCAAAGGUUCACUGCGAGAGCGUUUCCACGAGCUCACCACGCCCUCGCUGGACCUGCCCAAAAUGAGACGAGAUCAGGAGAAACCUCAGGCCAUUUUUGCAGCUGACGGCGAGACUCUUCGCCAGCGAAGCACCCCAACCAAAGACGGGUACUUCCCCGUCAGCGAGAAAGAGUCGCACUGUUAGCCCUAUGUUUCCCCGAGGGUGGUGCUUUUAAACCUUCCCAUGAUACCUCACACAGUACUGGCAGCCAAAUAAGCAUUUCGACAUGCCAGGAUGACGCUCGACCUCUACAGCCUGUGAGAGGAUUUGAAGAGCGUCUUCUGAUUUUAUGCUUGCUCUCGUUGCUCAGAGGGUAUGAAAGCCAGUAAGUGUCAAUAUUAUAGACAGCAGAAUGUUGAAAAACACUGUUUGCAACCUGUUUUACUUCUGUAAUCACACUUAUUUUAAAGUAAAACAUGAUGUUUGAUAUCUAUUCUGGAUUUCACUAUCUGAUCAGACUGGCAAAAAUUACACAAAAUGAUAUUAAAAAUUAAAAAUAAAUAUAUAAAUGUGUGUAUAUAUAUACACAUAUCACAUACAUACAUAUAUAUAUAAUUGUUUCCCCAUUUUUAAUAUAAUUUUGUG